CAUAAGCAUCGCACUUCCUCACUUUAUAAUUUAGCUUGCUGGGGGCGAGACAGGUUACAAUGUCAGUGGAACGUGUACGUAUGUGUGUUUUGGAAAAGAGCCCUUCGGGCUAUGGCUUUCACUUGCAUAGCGAGAAAGCGCGUCCGGGACAGUUCGUACGAUUGGUGGAACCCGGUUCGCCUGCCGAGAAAUCUGGGCUGCUAGCUGGGGAUCGCAUAAUCCGGGUGUGUGGUGAGGAUGUGCUGGAUCUUGGGCACCAGCAAGUUGUCAACAAGAUACGAGCGGCAACUGAGCAGCUGACUCUCGAAGUGGAGAGAACUGAAGAGCAGGAUGAGGCGAUGACAAACAAAGUAACCGACGCUCUGAAAGAUGAACAACUGGGAGUUCAAAUGAAGGAAUUGCGUCCUCGGCUAUGUUACAUGAAGAAGGGGCUUAAUGGAUAUGGAUUCAACCUGCACAGUGACAAGACCAAACCAGGACAGUUUGUGCGGGUUGUUGAUUGUAACUCCCCUGCAGAGCAGGCUGGAUUGCUUGCCAAUGAUCGCAUUUUGGAGGUAAAUGGGGAGAGCAUGGUAGGGAAACAACAUGCAGAUGUGGUGAAUGCAAUAAAAUCGGUAGGAGAUGAAGCUAUCCUGCUUGUUGUGGAUCCAGAAACUGAUUCAUUUUUCAACAACUGUAAUGUUAUUCCAGGUCGGGAUCAUUUGAGUGGUCCUUUGCCAGAAAAAGUUGCCAAUGGAAAUCUGGAAAAGGAUAACAAGCGAGUUGAAGAACACAAUGAAGACUCCCUUUCUUCUCUAAAGCCUUUGUCAACUGCUGCCACACCUCUACAGGAGACUCAAAAGGAUCUAGUGGAUUCUUUCCCAGUGACGGCUACAGAUGUGGCACUAUCUGCUGAUCCACCUCUAGACCUAAACAUGUCACUGGCAGUGGCAAAAGAACGUGCCCACCAAAAGCGAUCACAAAAAAAGGCACCUUCCAUGGACUGGAGCAAAAGAAAAGAGGUGUUCAGCAGCUUGUGAGCACUGAAAGUAAAAUCUGUAACUACUAGAUCUAUAGAAAAACCUCUUGCCCUGAUUGCAACAGUUCUUAGUAUCCUUAUGUCACAAAUUUACUUUUUCCUUAAUUGGGCUACUUAGUAGAUGCUGGGAUAGCAAAGUAUUGGGGAUCAGUUGUGUUGAUGUCCAAACGUAGAAAAAUGAUGUCCUAAGACAUUCUGAAUCGCUAAUUGUCCCAUACAACCUCAACAGUCUGAUGUACUGAAACAAUGUGGCUACUGAAGUUCAGGGACAAUUUUGUUGUCCAAAGUAAAACCAAAACUGUUUUUUGUUUGUCUUCAGAAAAUCAUAAGAUAUUUUGUAAUCUAGCUAAAUACAUUAAUUUUACUUUUAACACUUGUCUCCUUUAGUCUUUGUUUGUUUGGCCAGAUGUUUAAGGUUAUUUCUCCCUGUUAAUGUACUACUUUUUGUCAAUGCAUUAAAGCAGAGAAGUUACUGAA